AUGAGACCAGCGCAAAGAGAUCCCAACCGACUGCCACCCGGAAUAAAGGCGCCAGAGAGACGCAAAAUCUGGACUCCUGACGCCGGCGACUGGGCCACUUUCGACAAAUACGGUGCAGAGACAAACGGCGAAUAUACAGAAUUAACUGUCUCCCUUGCCCCGGGAGGAGCCAAUACCUCACACUGGCACGGAUCAUACUCUGAGACGUUUACAGGCAGUAAGGGCGAAGUCGGUAUUUAUUCUGCAUCGACGGGACGUGUUACUCUGAAGCCCGGUGACAGCCGAACAGUACCAGCUGGGGAAAUUCAUCAUUUCUUCAAUCCGGGAACGGAAGAGGUGGAAUUGAAGAUUGUUUUAAGGCCUUCAGUCGAAGGAUUUGAGAAAGGACUUUAUAUUCUGUAUGGUCUGGCGCGAGACGGGAAAACUCAUAGCGGGGGAAUACCGAAUAAUUUGAUUCAUGGAGCUAUUGUGUUCGUCAUGUCCGAUAUGUGGCCUGCCGGCAUCGCUGGAAUUAUUUUGAAACCUGUGAUAAUUGGACUUGCUGCUGUCGGCCGAACUUUGGGAAUGGAGGAAGACUUGUUACGACGGUACUGGUAUUAA